CUAUCUACGCACAUUGCGUGGUAGUAUGAGAUCUUGCGUGCUUGAUGUUUUUGAGAGAGAGAGACUGCGAGAAACAAACCAAAAGGUGGAAGAGAGAAGCAAGAAACAGGUCUUCAGGCGGCGACUGGAAGAAUCUACAAGACUGGAACGUGUCGGGGAAAGAUUUGGCGGCAAAAUCAGGCGGACUUGGUGUCAAACAUCAACAGACAUGCACAGUCGAUCAACAGGCAGCAUGGAGUCCGCAAGAUAUCGGAAUGAAAGAGGCACCCAUAUCAUCGUCUACCCUCUCCUCUAGCAGUCGGAGUUCUGUCGCCCCUAGAAAGCGACCGCUCUCUCGUCUCUGUUCGACCACCUCUAUCAUGGACGAGCGCUACCGGGGUACCCUGCAACGUUACUACCGGGCACUGAUAGCUAACAUAACUCUGACCAACGAGUUAAUAGAGCAGAUCGCCAAAGAAAAGAUACUGCCGGACGCCAUGAUCAGAGACAUUCAGGCAGGAGAAACGCGAGAGGAAAGAAACGAGAGACUUCUGAACGGUCUGCGCCUGCGCGGGAACAACAGCUUCAAGCGCUUCCGGGACCUCAUGUUCCGCACGGGCAACUUCUUCAUCGCCGAUCUUCUAUGGGAGGAAGACGACAAUCCUUCCAUGCUGGAUAUACAAGACUUCCGCAAUUUUCCAGGCAUGUUAGAUUGUCUUCAGGAAGAACACAAGAAAAAACUAGUCCAGUACUUAGAGUCAAAGGUGAGAGAGAAAGCGCUGAUGCUGUCCUGGAGAGGUUCCCCUGCGGACCGCAUAGAAUCUUUACACGCCAGAGCCACUGACUACACUCAGGAGAAGAUUCUCAGGGAAACUGUCAUGAACCAAGAAGAGACGAUCAAGCACCAAGAGAGCACCCUUCUACGGAAGGAGGAGGAGUUGCAGGGUUUGAACCUUGAGGUCGCCAAUCUUCAAAAGCAGGUCGAACAGCUCAGGCAGGACCACCGAUCCUUUUUGGACACCCACUCCCGUUUCCACGACGCCAACAUCAACACUAUCAGCAAGCUCAGGGAAAGGACGAUUCGCGCGAAGAAAAGCCUACACAUGCUGAACCAGAUGAUGAAGGCGCACCUGACCAAAACCCGUGAGGAUUUUGAUGUCAGUAACGAGAACAUUGAUGACGAGGCGCAGAUAGAGGAGCUGGAGAGGAACCUCGCCACGUUUCUCGAGAACUUAAAGAAAACAGAGGAGGCGAGCGUGUCAUUAAGAAACGAGCGCGAGGAGGUGCUAGCUUUGCUCAACCGCAGGACGUCCAACGAGUCGCUGGUGGUCGUCGUCAAGGACGUGCUGCGCCACGAGCAGAAGCACCGCUUCAUGGUCAUGAAGGAGAUCCUCAAGCUGUCCGACAUGCUCAAGUCCGUCCAGCACGGCAAGAAGAUAGCAUCUUCCCCUGCCAUCGAGCCGGCCAUGCUGGACACCAAGCACUUUAAGGCCCAGCUGGCGAUGCUGAAAGUGGAGGCGGAGCACCUGCACAAGCGCCUCAGCUGGAAGGACACGGAGAUUUUGUCGCUGCGGAAUGAAAUGACGCGCCAGAAUAGCCGACUGAGCGACGGCUUCGAAUGCGAGGGUUCAGGCGCAGCCCCCUACGUCUCCUUGUCGCGGGAACCCUCGUUCCAAAAUCCCGUCAGCCCGUCGUCUCCGCACUUCAACGCUACCUGCUCUGCCCCUUUCCCUUCCUCCAGUGACGUCACAGCGAAGUGGGUAAACUCGAGCUGCAGGCAGACUUCCAGGACACAGCAAGCCAAGCAGCAGGUCUCCCAGAAAAAGCUCAAGUCUACCUUGUCGACAGGUUGCACUGAAGUAAAUACCAAGUUGUCCCCCAACCUCGUUCAGCGUCGACGGACAACCGUAUCCCCCGUCCUCACAAGCAGGAGUUCAAAGUCAAUCUCGCCAAAAACAGAUGGUGUCUUUCCCGAUCUGGACCAAACCCUUGUGGAUGUCGAUCUGUACUUGAAGCAGCAGUCGCCCUGGCCUUCCACCGACCCCAUAAUAGAAACUACUCAACCUGGAAAUGUCGACGAAUCUGGCUGUCUUAACUGAGCGGGACAGAACAAAAAUCUUCAAGCGUUUCUAACUGCCGUGAGUGCAAACUGUGAACAUUCAAAGAAAAAGAACAAUAAUAAAGUAUCACCGAAGGCUAUCCUCAUUGGGUGUAGCAGACACCUUUUUCUUACAGGAGUCAAAUUUCUCCCUGGCAAGCUUGAAGUGUCAAGGCCACUGAACUCUGCCAUGAAGACCAAGAAAAUAAAUUUAUACAGUGCUUUAAAUGGUAGCUGGAGAGACAAAAGUACAUUUUCUGAAAGUUAAAAGAAAUAUUGCUAUCUUUAGGCACUUUUUUAUGUAUAUAUAUAAUUAUAUCUAAAUAUUAUAUCUGGAUGAUCCAUUAUUUUGAAGCUUUUUUUUGUGGUAUUACACCAAUACCGCCCUAUACAAAAUGCCAUGAGAGUGGCUCUUUGAGGAGAGUGAAAACUUAUAUUAAAUUACAACUUUUACCCCAUUCAGUAUUAAAAUCUGAAGUUGA